UUGGGGGGUUUUGGCGCGUAGGCGAAUGCGAUGCAGCCCCAACAGGCGAUCGUCACGGAGCCCCUAGAUGUUGGGGACGCCGGUCACCCUUGCCUCGUCUCCUCUCGGCCUUUGUCGGAAUCGUGCGGCGACGGCGAUGAUGAUGCGGCGUGGAACAGCAGCGAGGCGCAGCAGCGGCAUCGUCGCCAGCAGCCGUCGCAGCAGCAGCGGCAGUAGUAGCGGCAGCAGCAGCGGCAGCAACAGAGGCAGCGGGAUGAGCUAAACGAGGAGACGGCAGUGGGGCAUUGAAGAACACGGGGCGAGCGAUGUUUGGCGAGUCGAUCCGGGCACGGUCUUGACUCGCGCGCUUAUAGGACAAAAGGUCCACACACACACACACACACCGACACACUCUCCACUCCACAGCUAAGGGGGCUGAGUGAGCGAGUCAGCGUUAGAGGCGGUGAGCGUAUCGGUCUAACGAUUCAUAAUUGCAACUUAAUGAGAAUAUCAUUACAUCCGUGUAGGUGAACAUCCGAGGCGGACGUCUUAUAUAUGUGAUUUCGCUUUCUUUAUUUAUUUCACAAGCGGUGGACAAGACCCACAAGGUCGCUUCCAAUCUCCUCGCUGCUGUGACCGGGGACGGCCGGACCGACAAGGGUGGUGGUGGUGGUGGUCGUGGUGUUGGUGGUGUUGGCAGAGUCGACGACGACGACGACGAGGAAGAGCGAAGGACGAGCCGAUGCCGCCGCCGGAUCGAGUCUAGGCACCUCUCGGAGCAUGAACGAGGACGUCUCCAACUUAUCGGCGCGCCUCACCCCCUCGGCCGCGAUGAUCAUGGAGGGCUCCGUCGACGGAAGCAACUCCUCCUCGUCCCUGGCCGCCGCCUCCGUGGUGCCCAGCUUCUCCUCGGUGAACCCCUGGGACGUGGCGCUGUGCGUCACGGGCUCGCUCAUCGCGUGCGAGAACGCCGUGGUUGUCGCCGUGAUCGUCCACUCGCCCGCGCUGCGCGAGCCGAUGUUCCUGCUCAUCGGCAGCCUCGCCACGGCCGAUCUCCUCGCGGGCCUGGGCCUCAUCUUCUACUUCGUGUUCCAGUACGUGUACCAGUCGGACGCGUCGAGCCUGGUGAGCGUCGGCCUCCUGGUCGCCUCCUUCUCCGCGUCCGUGUCCAGCCUGCUGUCCAUCACCAUCGACAGGUACCUGUCGCUCUACUACGCGCUCACCUACCACUCGGAGAGGACAAUGUCGUGCACCUACAUCAUGCUCGCCACCACGUGGGGCGCGUCGCUCGUACUCGGCGCGCUGCCCUCGCUCGGCUGGAACUGCCUGCGCGACUUCGCCUCGUGCAGCAUCAUCCGACCGCUCACCAAGAACCACGUGGUCUUCCUCUCCGUCACCUUCCUCUUCGUGUUCGCCAUCAUGCUGCAGCUGUACGCGCAGAUCUGCAAGAUCGUGUGCAGGCACGCGCAGCAGAUCGCCGUGCAGCACCACUUCCUCGCCACGUCGCACUACGUGACCACCAAGAAGGGCGUCUCGACGCUUGCCAUCAUCCUGGGCACCUUCGCCGCGUGCUGGAUGCCAUUCUCCAUCUACAGCCUCAUCGGCGACCUCAGCUUCCCCAGCGUCUACACGUACGCCACGCUGCUGCCCGCCACCUACAACUCGGUCAUCAACCCCAUCAUCUACGCGUUCCGCAACCAGGACAUCCAGAAGGCGCUGUGGAUCCUGUGCUGUGGAUGCCUCUCCACCAACGUGCCUUUCCGCGCGCGGACACCAAGCGACGUUUGACCGCUGCCCUGCCCUGCCCUGACCCCGCGCGCCCCACCACUCGCCCCGUUGUGAGGAGGUGGUGGUUGCGUUGUGUAGUAGUGGUGGUGGCCACUUUGGUUGUCAAAGUGAGGAGUGCUGGAGGUAGUAGUGGUUGUCAGUCUGUCUGCCUCUCAACGUGAGAUGGCUGCUGCUGCUGCUACUACUGGUGGUGGUGGUGUAGUUGUGGGUGGUGGGCGGUUUCUUUCUCAACGUGAGAGCGACUGCGUGGCUGUCAACGUGAGGACCCGUGGUGGUGGUGGUGGCACUGCUGGUACUGCUGCUGGUGACUCACAUUCUCAGCGUGAGAGCUGCAAGCUGGUCAGUCAAGUCUUCUCCCCCCCCACGGGAGCGCUGUGUGACACGUGUGCCCCACGGAUGGACGGAAGAACACACGGGAGAGGUGGAGUGAUGGGCGGAGCGAGAGGGAGACGCGCGCGCACACACACACACACGACGCCUCGGUCACUCUCUCAAACUCAUCGGUGGCGUCACGCCGCCAAUGACUCACCCAGCGGAUGAUGGCGCAACAGAUACCCAGGCUGGUCCUUCACGACGCUAAGGGGGGCGGUGGAGGUGGGGGGGGGGGCCUCGGAGGUGCAACCUUGACCGUGGCGUCGUCAUCGUCAUCGAUGUUUUUGUUUUUUAAAGAGUCGUCCCGCUCCAAAAAAAAAAAACAUAAAACGAGCGCGACCAUCGGAUGGACACAAACAUGUUAAGAAAUAAGACAAAACGUACGAGCGGAUUUCAAGAGCAGUGCGAGCGAAACAAUCUCAGAGUGCAGCUGCGCCCACCUCUCGACGUGGAUUAUUUAAAUGAUGUCAUUGUAUAUUUAUUUAUAUAUUUAUUUGCUUAGCCAAUUGGGUAGAGCGCGGACUCACUCUCUUGAGGUGGCGGUGAACACGCGGAUUCACCCACGUGCUCUGUGCGCUCCACGUGCUCCACGUACUACCACGUGCUCCGUGCGUCCCACGUGCACCACGUGCUCCACGUGUUCCGUGCGCUCCACGUGUUGCGUGCGCUCCACGUGCACCACGUGCUCCACGUGCUCCACGUGCUCCACGUACUACCACGUGCUCUGUGCGUCCCAUGUGCACCACGUGCACCACGUGCUCCACGUGCUCCGUGCGCUCCACGUGUUGCGUGCGCUCCACGUGCACCACGUGCUCCACGUGCACCACGUGCUCCACGUGCUCCGUGCGCUCCACGUGUUGUGUGCGCUCCACGUGCACCACGUGCUCCACGUGCACCACGUGCUCCACGUGCACCACGUGCUCCACGUGUUCCGUGCACUCCACGUGCUCCGUGCGCUCCACGUGCACCACGUGCUCCACGUGCACCACGUGCACCACGUGCUCCACGUACUACCACGUGCACCGCGCGCUCCACGUGCUCCACGUACUACCACGUGCACCGCGCGCUCCACGUGCUCCACGUACUACCACGUGCUCCGUGCGUCCCACGUGCACCACGUGCUCCACGUGGUCCGUGCGCUCCAUGUGCGCUGGAUGGGUGGGGGAAGGGCGUGGCUUUGGUGUUGAGUGGUCGCUGCUGUCUCUCUCAGUCCCGCGUCUCGAGUGAAAAUCCGCAGACACGAAUUCGCAUGUUUGUUGUUGUUGUUGUGGUGGUGUUGUUAGCAAACAAACAAAAAAAGCAGGGCAUGAUUGUGAUACUGCAGCCUGUAUCUGUGAAGUUGUGGAUCGUGGCGGGGGAGGGGGGGGAAACUAGUACCGGACAAAACAAGUCCGGACUAAUAUAUUUUUUAUUUUUCUGGGCGAUGAACGGUGCUGGGUGCGAGGCGGGUUUUCCAUACAUCGCGCGGAGUCAGUGCAGAUAAAAUUUAUUUUUUAUUUAAAUCAUCUCGAGCCUCCUGUAAAUCACGUGACUGGUGUGUGGCCACCCCACUCCUAACCCCUCCCCUAGGAGUGGAGGGGGGGCCGGGGUUGACCAUACUUCACCACGCUGCUGAUUAGUGGGGGUAGAUGCAUGCCGAGGUGGAGCACAUACGACGUGCAGAGCAUAGAAGUGCAGUACAACAACCGUGGCAUUCGGCCGCAAGUACUGCUCUCCGCUGCUUACACAGAACUUAGCCGCCCCCCCCUCCUCCUCCCCCCUCGGCAGCCUAUAACACCUGGUAUUGCCACGCGGUGUUGGGUGUUAAUGGGGACCACGCGAGCAAUUAAAAUGUAACAGGAACACUCGCGGAGACACUGAAACACUUUUUUUUUGCGUGACCACGUGGGGAGAGACCACAGCGCGAACCGGCCACCACCGAGACCUCGUAAUGCUUGUCUCAAGGUCAAGGGGUCACAGUUGACUUAAACUGAAACGGUAUGAUCUAGGUUAAGGCCACACUUGAGCUACGUUGCGUUUUUUUUUUGGGGGGGGGGGGGGUAUUUUAUUAUCUUUCAGAAGCGGCCUGGCCAUCGCAAAUGAUCGCCCAGCGAAGUGGCUGUUGUUUUUUUUUUUUUACAAAGUGUUUCUCAUGUUAGUCUUGUAAUUCACAUUGGGGGAGGGAGAGUGGUGGCGCAAUGGUUAGCGAACUGUACAGGGUGCUUCAAAAACAAAUGUUAACAUUUCUGAGAAUUUGCUAAAAUACCACAAUAAAUGUGCUGUUGCCUCCGGGCACUGGAGAUAACCUGGAGAAGAUUCCAGGCACGCGUUGACAACGAUGGCGAACACGUGGAGACUCUUUGGCUUUUUGAAGCUAUGAACAUUACAUUUGUUAUCAUGUUACAGUGUAGUAUCCGUUCUUUUCCAAUAACAUAGUCCCAUGUAAGCGUUUACAUGUUUUUGAAGCACCCUGUACUAUUAACCUUAAGGUCUGAGUUCGAUUGCCUGCCGCGGUUAACAUCAGUGGCGAGCAAUACCUGAACUAGUCCUGGAUGUCAACCGGCAUUUGACCAGCGUGGUGAAGUAUGGUCAAACAAACAUCGCCCGUAGCCAUCAGUGGAUUGACAAAAGUGGAUGUGUGCAUUCAAAACAACAGACCAAUGCAACGCCAACACGCUACGGAUUUCUCUCUCUCUCUCUCUCAAUUGCGUGCAAGAGUAGGCCACAUAGCCCCCUGACGGAGACCCUUCUUGUAGCGGUGCCGUGCGCAAGCAAUUGCAGGGCUGCGCCUUGACCUUUUACAUUGUCGCGGGUCUGGCGGAUAGGUCGGGCACCACAGUGGCGAGAUGUUAACUACCUCGCCUGGUAUGCAGGAGGUCGUAGGUUCGAUCCCGACCCUGACGCCAGCUGCUGUAUAUGGAGUUUGUGGUGUCUCUCUCUCAUCAUCAU